CAGAAGCCCAAAGGUCUUCCCUGGUUAACCCGAGCCUGCCAGUCCUCCAGCGCACACUCCCGGGCCCCUCGAAGAAGCCACCACCGGCGUGGGGAGCCAUGGAUCAUGGCAGCAGCCGGCUGGACGACCUGCCUCUCAACGUGUUCUCCGUCACUCCUUACACACCCAGUACCGCCGACAUCCAGGUGUCCGACGACGACAAGGCAGGGGCCACCUUGCUCUUCUCGGGCAUCUUCCUGGGGCUGGUCGGAAUCACCUUCACCGUCAUGGGCUGGAUCAAGUACCAAGGUGUAUCCCACUUCGAGUGGACCCAGCUCCUCGGGCCCAUCCUGCUCUCGGUGGGGGUGACGUUCGUCCUGAUCGCCGUGUGCAAGUUCAAAAUGCUGUCCUGCCAGAUGUGCAAAGAGAGUGAGGAGCGGGCUGUGGACUCGGAGCAGGCCUCGGGAGGCCAGUCAUUCGUUUUCACGGGCAUCAACCAGCCCAUCACCUUCCACGGGGCCACGGUGGUGCAGUACAUCCCUCCUCCCUACGGUUCCCAGGAGCCCCUGGGGGUGAGCACGGCCUACCUGCAGCCCCUGGUGAACCCCUGUGGUCUCCUAGCCCCUGGGGGGGCUGCAGCGGCCGCCCCCAGCCCCCCUCAGUACUACACCAUCUACCCGCACGAUAACACUGCGUUUGUGCAGGGCGAGGACUGCCCCCCUCUUACGGAUGGUGGAGAUGCCAGACCCAGCCGAGGGGCCGGCCAGCCGGAAGAGGCCCAGCGGGAGGAGGAGGACCGUGCGCGUUUCUCUCCUCCCCCCUAUGAGGAGAUAUACGGCCUUCCUCGCGAGGCACGGCAGUGAAGGGACUGCGAGGCUUGAGUCGUUGGAGCCCGGGGCCUGGCGUGUACUCUGCGUGGUGACCUUCCGAGGGUAGAACAGCCCAGACGGCUCAACAGAUGUCACUGAACGUAGGAGAGGGGCCGGAAGCUGAGGCCAGACUGUGUCAGACCGGUAACCAUCACGCUGGCCUGCG